GCUUCCCUCCCUCCUCUUUCUUCACUUCCUGCAGUGGCAGUGUUGUGCUGCUGUCUGUUCGGCUGGUAAACAUGGCUACUGCUGGAGCAGCUGGCGACGACCUGAGGAAAGAGCUCACAUGUGCAAUUUGUCUGGACUUCUUCAAAGACCCUGUUAUACUGAAAUGCGGGCACAAUUUCUGUCGGUUUUGCAUCUGCAUGCACUGGGAUGAAAAUGGCGGAGACUACGGAUAUCAGUGCCCUCAAUGCCGAACGGUGUUCAACAAGAGGAGCUUCACUAAAAACUACCUGGUUCAGAACCUGGUCGCUAAACUGAACGAUUUGGAGUGUCUGGGGUCUUGCCCUACACCAUCUCAACCCGUUAAAGUAGAUGGAAAGUGUGACCAACAUGGAGAGGAGCUGAAAUUGUACUGCCAGACUGAUAAAAGGCCCAUCUGUGUGGUCUGCAGGGAAUCUAGAGCACACAGACACCAUGAGGUAGCGCCAGUGCCCGAAGUUGUGAAGGACAUGAAGAUGGAGUUGAAACUGAGGCUAAUGGAGCUCAACUGGCAGAAGUCUCAAUGUGUAAAAGUUAUAACCGCUGAUGAGCGCACCAGAAGUGAAGUGAGGUCGAAGAAACAGAGACUCAAGGAGAAGAUUGAGGCAGAUGUUGGUGCCUUGGUCCAAUUCUUGCUAGAUGAGCGAGACUCCCUGCUUGAGAGCCUGGAUGCGGAGGAAGUGGCCUCCAUGGCCGUCAUAGACGAGAACUUGAAGAUUGUGGAGACAGAGGUGGCAGCUGUGGAUAAAGCUAUUGCUGAUAUCCACAGCCACAUCAGUGGGAAAACUAGCUUUGAGAGCCUUGCUGAGACAUUCCAUGAAUACAUCCAUUGCAAGCCUUUCACAUCUCUGGACACUGUUAAUUGUCCGACUGAAUUCACACACUUCUCAGGGCCCUUCCAGCUGAUCAUGUGGAAGAAGAUGAUGCACGUGCUGCAUACCAUGCCUCAGAACCUCACCUUAGACCCAGACACGGCUCACCCAAACCUGCUUAUCUCAGACUUUGACACCAAAGUGGAGGAGGGCCGUGUUCGGAACCAGGAACCAGACAUGCCAGCCCGUUUCACCAGGUUCUGUGGUGUCCUUGCCACAGCCCAGUAUGCCAGUGGACAGCACUACUGGGAAGUGGAUGUGAAGGACAAAGGUGUGUGGUACCUGGGAGUCACCACUGAGUGCAGCAAUAGGAAGGGCUUCGUUAGCCUCACUCCCUCCGCAGGAUACUGGAGCCUGUCUCUGCAGGACCGGCUGUAUGCCAACGGAGAGGACGGGCGCAUCCCUGUCGCCGACUACUGGAACUCUCCUCGGGUCGGCGUGUACCUGGACUAUGACAAUGGGCGCCUUAGUUUCUAUGACGCGGUCACAAUGAAGAGAUUGUACAUGUUUGACACAUGCUUUGAAGAGCCGGUCUAUCCUUUCUUCAGCCCAGGAAAGAAUGAUCCAGGCAGCAGGCUGCAGAUAUGUCACUAUUACUGAGAGAGCUGCGAUAAGUGUUUUAAAUCUAGUUCUAAAGGAUAAACUCUGUAUGCCAGUGUUUUCAGAUAUGUAGGCUCAUACCCUUACUACUGUGGCUGGGGGGUUUUGGAGAGGUGCUUUGUUGUCACUGUGUCUGCUGGGAUGCAGAUGCUCUCAUUGAUUAGAGCAGCUCUUCUCCUUAUAGCAACCACUAUGCCAUACUAGUGUACAUUUACUCAUAUGGGCAAAUUAUUUGCCAGGCAGGGUCAGUGCUGUUGCCUUGUUGGGUAGAACUUAAAGGAAAUAUGACCUCAUUAUCACAUUGAGGGGAUCUUAGCCGUUAACUGUCAUUCAUUUUAGACCGAAGAACAGUCAGUUUAGUGCUGUUAGUGGUCAGAAUUAUUUGACUGAAAUUGGCCGCCAUGUACUGGGAUUUCAGCUCCCAGACAAUGAUUAGACUUUCAGAAAGGAAUGGCUCAGGUUGUAUGUUUUUGUUGACGUUAACGUCAGUACAGACAUUUGAUCAUUAGCCUUUUUAAAAUCACCUUUUAUCUAUACUUUGUUUUAAAUUCCGUACAUUUUUGAAAUUGCAAAUUCCUCUGUAUAUUGCUCUGAGUCACAUUUUGUGCCUAUUUUUUUUGUGAGCAGUGAUACUGAAGGUAUGACUACAUUCCAUUUCGCUUUGUUCAAGGUAUUUAAAAAAAAAAAAAUCAAACCUUUUUUUUCAGUCUGCUUAAAUGAGCAGGUAAAAGACAAAGCAACCAUUUUCAUAUGUUAUACAAGAAUUAAGCUUUACAGCUUAAUGUCCCCAUGUAUGUUGUCGUUUAACGGGUGAACCGGUAGACGUGUUUUACUUUAAAGACAUUCCAUCAACAGCCAAGAGCCUGGGGGACUUGACUGAAAUGUAAACCUAUGGAAUGCUGAAUGAAAGUUUUAUUACAUGUUCAUGUUUUUUGUUUGCAUUUACAUAUUCCCGCAGCAUUUCCUUAAUUAUAUUCCUUUAAGUAGUCCUCCUUUUUAUAUUUUUAAUUGCUAGUUGUUGAGUUUGUCCUGGUGCUACAAAUUGGUUCUGUCAUUUUUAGGUCAAUUAUCCAACUCUUUCCAUUGGAAUUUCUGUUUUUCAUCUGGACAUUCAUAAACUUAUGAUUUUAAACCUUGCUUUAUUUGAGAUGAUUAUCUUUUUAUGUUUUCUCCUGCAGUUUUCCACAGUGUUAUGGACCUACAAGUUGGAUAUUUGCUAUCUUACAGGGUUGUACGUUUUUUUUAUUAUGUAUUUAUUUUCAAAUGAUUUAUGAACGACGAGCAUAGAAACAUUUAACUACACGAGCAGUGAUAUUUGAGACUGGCCAUUCCUCCAGCCAAUUUCAAGCUGCUCCUUUUCUUUAAGUUUAUUUUCACACAUCUAAGGUGUUAUGACUGCAAAACACUGUACUUUUUAACUUGGAGUAUUUGCUGAUCCAUGUUUUGUCUAAGAUGCUGUACCUCAUUUAAUACAUAAACAUUACAUUACUUAGUUUCAUUCAUGUAUUCAGCUUAGCAGUGUUUGGGCUGUGUCUCAAGUAUGACCCCUAAUCUCUGUAGUCCCAGUUUGUUGCCAUUUCACCUGCUUUAAAUGUGCUUAGUGUUUCUCAGACUUUACAAGAAUAAAAGGGGACACAUCAUUGUUUUAUUUUCCUUAAAGCCUCUAUUAUCCACUUGUGUA